AUGUGGAAUUUAUUGGUUGUGUUUUUGGCAAUAUGCAGCUGUGUGUAUGCUCGAAGAAGAUCUAGUGGUGCUGAGAUAAACGGUCUAACAGAAGAGGAGCUUAAGAUGGAGUUCACAAAGUUGAUAAUGAAGUGUAACAAGGAUGGAGAGGUGGACAUGACGGAACUUGUUCAGCUGCAGAACUACGUGGUCCCGACGAAGCAGUCGACAAAAUGUGUUCUAGCAUGUGCUUAUAAGGCUGCAGAAGUCAUGAAUGCUAAAGGCGAAUACGACAUCGACCAUGCAUACAAAGUAGCAGAAAUGAUGAAGAACGGAGAUGAAAAACGGCUGGUUAAUGCAAAGAAAAUGGCAGAUCUUUGUGUAAAAGUAAACGAACUCAGCGUAUCUGAUGGUGAAAAAGGUUGUGACCGAGCAGCUAUGAUAUUCAAAUGCACAGUUGAAAAUGCACCCAAGUUUGGAUUCAAGUUAUAA